AACGGAAUGGCGGAGGUGGGUGAAAAGCCCCUGAAGAUAAGUGUGGAGGUUGUGGCCUAGUGGAGAGUGGAUGAGCUACAGUGAUGAAGGCCCUCGGCAGGAGAAGCGGAAGUGUUAACAGGCCUUAGAGGAGCUGAAGGAGAACGUUCGCCCCAUGAAGAUGGCAGCGCAGUCCCACAAUGCCAGUGAGCUUCCCUUGGAGGAGCUGCUGGCUCUGUACGGCUACACAGUGUCCGAUCCAGAGAAGGAGACCUGUCAGGUGGCUGCCAGCCUGCCCGACAUGACGCUGGACAAGGAUCAGAUAACUGAGAAUCUCUUUCCUGGGGAGGAGGAAGAAGAAUCGUCAGCUGAUGAUCUCACCCCUUCAGUCACCUCCAACACCUCAGAUCUGCUGCGCCGCCUCCAAGGUGGAGACAAAGACACUUUAGUCAGCUCAUCUGAGGAGGACUCGGACGAUGCCUCCGUUCCCUCCAAUGAAGAGCACAAGGAGAUCAUGGUUGGCUCUAUGUACCAGGCAAAAAUCCCUCCACUCGGUUCAUACAUCUACCAGGACAGAGCCUGCAGCAGUGAGGACCAGUUGUUGUGGAGGCCCGGUGUUCUGCCGGUGCAUGAGGUGGAGGAGUUCUUGCUGUAUGCACACAGGCCGCGUGUCCAGGAGGGAGCAGCAUGCACACGAACGCAAGGGGACACUGUCCAAGACAACGAACAGGCGCUGUAUGAACUAGUGAAAUGCAACUUCAAUGCAGAAGAGGCACUGAGACGAUUACGCUUCAAUGUUAAAGUGUUUAGCGAAGAGCUGUGUGCCUGGAGUGAGGAGGAGUGCAGGAACUUUGAGCACGGCUAUCGAGUUUACGGGAAAAACUUCCACCUCAUUCAGGCUAAUAAGGUACGAACGCGCUCGGUUGGGGAGUGUGUGGAGUAUUACUACAUGUGGAAGAAGUCUGAACGUCACGAGUACUUCACCCAGCAGGCCACCAGGCUCAGCCGCAAGAAGUACAGCCUGCAAUCAGGAAGCAUGGAGGAUGGAGACCAGGACGGGGAGGUUGGGGAGCUGGAGGGGAACAACAAUUCUUCAGGCUUGUUGUCUCACAGCUCAAUGGGCAGCGGGCAGCUGGAGUCCCCUUUGCCUCCACAGUCGAGCCUGGAUCUGGACAAACAAGGAGGAGGGCCGUCCCCGGCGCAGACGAACCCCCCGCUUUCUGUUAAAGCCGUGAACUCGGUCCAGACAGGCCUCAGAAAGCAGGCUGGGCCUGCAGAUGGCGAGCUGGUGAUGGGGCUGUCAGACUUGUGUGGCGACGGAUGUCCUCAGCAGCUGUUUGCCUGCCCCUUCUCUCUCCCGCCCAUGGACGACCUGCGGGACCCUGACUCGGGCAGUUGUUGUCCCUCAGCUCCAGUUCAGCUCCAGUCCCAGCCCCCCCCUCAGAGCUCGCAGUGGGCCAGCGGGAGCCCUCCAUCCUGCCAUGACGACCUUCACCUCCCAGGCUCCUGCUUCUACCAGCUACACAUGCACAGUGGGCCUUUUGCUUCUGAGGGCCCUGACUGCGGUGCAGCAGGCGGCGGGUCUGGCUCCCCCCAUGGGCUGCAGGUGGAAUUUAGCCUGUCUCCGUCUGCCUCACCCCCCUCAUCUGCUGUCCUCCCAACACACUUCCAGGCAUUUGGCAGCCUGCUGCACCCCUCUCCCGUCCAGCAUCCCCGCUCUCUCACACAGUGAGGGGGAAAAAUUAAAAUUGAGUGGUACCCUUCAUAGUUUGCCCUGUGUCGAGAUCUUUGAUUGGUUCGUAUUCACACUGGGCUUGAAGAAACCAGGACAAAAAGUGCAUUUACUUUGCGAAAAAGGAUUGGACCUACUACCUGUGCUGGGAGGGGGGUUACUCAUCUGUCUGAACCCUCUACUGAGACACUUGAACCCUCUAUCCAUUGUGGAAUGUUGAGUGUUUGUCACCACUUUCAGGUGUUGAUUAUGUGUUUAUUAACUGUUGAUUACCUGCACCGUGGCAAUGCUAUUGAUUGACUAUAAUUAAAACAUACUUGUGAAAGCACAGUGCAGGUGACGAGAGCUGCAGCAGCCACGCAAACAAACCACAUGCGAGUGGCCAGCAGCCUAUUUUUGAAAUGAUCAAUGCUUGACAACGUCAACCACUGUCGCUUUGUUUUUGUUUUAUUUAUCGGGAUGGAAAAGUUUGACUGCAGCUCAGAUUUCUCCCAGCUUCUUACAGGAAGAGCGUCAUGUGUUUUUACAUAUGUUUUUUUUUGCCGCUGCAGCCAUCUGAGAUCUGUCUCUGGAGAGCACCACAGAGUAAAACCUGUCCCUUCAAUGGUGUAGGAUACUUCAUUUUCAGACAUUAAGUCUGUAAUUGGCUCCUCGUCCUCAGUCUCACGUCUGGUUUGUUUUCACGCCCUGCCUCCACCUGUCUGAAAGCUCUUGUCAGACGAGUCACUCAUGUGAAGAGCUGAUACAAUCUCUGAGGUUGAGAUUUGAACACGGUCGCAGGAAAAGGAGCACAAAAUUCUUUCUGCAGGUUUUAUUUGUAAUUUUGCUUCUGUGGAAGUUUUCGUCUUCAUUUUGAAGAUUCACAGAGAGAUUUCUAAAGCUUCAGUGCUUUGUCAUCAUUUCUGACCACCUUUUUCUAUCAUGUUGAAUCUUUAAUACCAUUGAGAGCCUGUUCGACAUGCAGAAUAGGCACACAAUAGAAUAUGUCAAUGUAAAACGUACAUGAGAACACGACUAAGUCACUGAAUGCAAACACAGUUUCUCAGGUUCUGUUACUUUGAUGAUCUCCAAGACCGUGAAUCAUUGAGAGUCGGACACUAUCACUCCGGACAGAUCCGAUAAAAAGAAGUGAUUGUUAUUAAAGGUUUACUGGAUAAAGACGCAGCUUGGUAUGAAAGUAAAACGUGAAAUUUAAAGUUCUGGCACCUUCUGUUUGCUUCUUACAGCCGAGUAAUGUCCAGUCAGCAAACACGUGUGAACAACGGUACAACAAUGAUAUUUUUAUUGGCCGAGUGCAACAGAUGCCAACUGCGUUGUGGAUUAAACAAAUGAUUUUUCUCUGAAAUGUUUCCUUCACUGACGUCUCCCAGACACAAUUAAAUAUACUGAUCACACCGUUAAUAUUUCUAAUAAUAAUAGAUUUUAUUGUGCCAAUCUAUCAGGACGAUCCUCAACUUUUUGUGACCCACAAUUCUCAUGGGCAGAUCAUUGAGAGUUGUCAUAUGAGUUUUGAGAAUUGCAAAGUUUUAUAUUCUCAGUUUAGUUUUAACAUCUCAUAACAUUUCAUGUCUUCUCUAAAGCACAGAGGGAGCUUCAAGUGAAUUAGUGCAGAUCUAAUUUUGUACUGUAUUAAAUCUGCAGUUUCAUAUUGAAAGAAUCUACCAGUUCAAGGUGAAGAGAAUCUGGUCAAUGAGAAUCAUGUAUCCAUUGUGAUCAUAUGUGUGAAUACAGUAAAAAUUAUUUGAUUAUUUAAAAAUAUGUAAGACCAGAUGGAUCAUAUGGGGAGCAAUUUCAUACAUUAUUAGUAAUUCCAUAAAAUAAUGUGUUGAUUUGUGUAUUCAUACACACAUAUAAGGUAUUUUUCUUAUAUGUAACAGCUCAUUUUACUGUUUCUAAAGAGGUAAAGGAGAAGUUACAGGGAAGGAAAGGAUUAAGCUCCACGUUGUUCUUUCCAUCUGUCCUUCUAUUUAUUCUUUAUUUCUGUCUAUAAAUGUAGGAGCUCUUCCUGUAAUGCCUGUUAAAAGAUCAAUGAUUGUUUUGCGAUGCCUCCACGGCGACGACAGCCGUGGCUGGAGGGAUCAUAUUUUCAGGUUGUCCGUCCAUACGUCCCAUCCUUGUGUGUGUAUGCGAUAUCUCAGGAAUGACCGGAGGGAAUUUCUUCAAAUUUGGCAUAAAUGUGACCCAAUCACUUGGAAUCAAGGAUGAGCUGAUUGGAUUUUGGUGGUCAAGGUCACUGUGACCUCACAAAACAUAUACAGAAGAAGAGAUUGUGAGCAUAUUUCACAUUUGAUCAGAUACUGAAUUGGUCAUACUAAUCUUUGGUGUCCACCUUAAAACUGUGCUGAUUGUAUAGAUCUUCUGCGCUGUUGGGUUGAAGGUGUGUGUGAAGUAUCCACAUUUUGGAGUUUGUAGCUUCUUUGCAGCAACAUCCAUAUUUGAAACAUUUUAGUCCAGCACAUGAUCAUUGUCUUAGCUGAUGGUGAGCUUCAGGUGAUUGUUUUUGCACCAUGUGAUGAAGCUCGCUAUCAGCCCUCUGUACUCCUCUGUAAAAAUAUCCUGUAAGUGAAGACAGCAUGUUUCUCACUGGAAAUUAUUCACUGGAAUCAUACAUGUCGUUAUAGUGAUAACUUCCAUUUUGCCAAAAAUUACACUUAAUACCUUUCAUUAAUUCCUAAGUUAAGUCUUCACUACAUGUAUUAUGUGAGUCUGGACAGACGUGGAUGUAAACUGCAACUGGACUGGUGGGCAGAGACGUUAGUUUGAGGUUUUUUCUGUUUACAUGAACGGGAUUCAGGACAAGACCAUGAGGGCAGGAACAGGCGCUGAAUCACUGCCUUUUGUUAAUUAGUUAUUUUUACUCCUAUUUUUAGCAAUUUAUAUAUUGUACUGCUUCUGUUUUGUUUGUUUAUAAUUAUAUUUUGUAAAAAAAAAGCAACGAUUAAAAUGAAAUGGG